UUAAAAAAAAAAAAAAAUCAGGCGAUUUUUUCUUUGCUGAGAAGCCCUAUGUUUACCCGGAAAAUUGAUUGACUGCGAUUCUUUCGCAUGAAAUCUGUUUGGUUGUGAAGGAAACGAGGGAAAAUUGAGAGAAGACGAAAUUCGAACUGAAAAGGUAUUCAAGGGUUUGGGCGGAAUCUUUUGUGUGUUGUCAUGCCGUACCGUGUUCGCGAAAAUCUAUUCAUCGGCAACAUCAGCGACGCGGCGGAGGUUCUCCAAAAGGGUAGCGCUGAGAUCACACACAUAUUAUCCGUACUCAGCUCGGUCUCGAUAUCGUUUUUCUCUGAAUGGCGUAGCGGUCUCGUUAUUCCCACAAAGGAAAUCAAGAAGGUUUAUGUUGGUGGGUCCGAUAGCAGAGGUGUUGGUUCGGGUUCUGAGGAUGCUUCGGGUCGUGACGGAGGGUUGAAGAGUUCCUUGUCGCCUGAAAAGCUUUUGUACUCAUUGGAAUAUGCAGGCAAGGAUUUGAAGAUGGUGAGGAUGGCUGUGCCACUGAGAGAUAUGGAGAGUGAAGAUUUGUUGGAUUAUUUGGAUGUUUGUUUUGAUUUCAUUGAUCAGAGUCGAAAAGAAGGGCCCGUUUUGGUCCAUUGCUUUGCCGGCGUGUCACGAAGUGCAGCUAUCAUUACGGCAUAUCUCAUGAGAACAGAACAUCUAUCUCAAGAAGAUGCACUUGAAUCCUUACGGCAAAGCUGUGAGUUUGUUUGCCCCAAUGAUGGUUUUCUAGAUCAGUUAAAAAUGUUUGAGGAGAUGGGCUUCAAGGUUGACCAUGCAAGCCCCAUAUAUAAGCGCUUUCGACUGAAAGUAUUGGGUGAGUUGUACAACCGUGGGGAGAAGAUAGAGAGUUCUAGAUUUGGGGCAGAUCCUGGCUUGUCUACAGAAAUUUCCUCAGAAGUGGAAGUAACUUCAAAUGUAGGAAAUAUUUGCACUCCUGCAUACCGCUGCAAGAAAUGCCGAAGAGUUGUUGCUGUGCAAGAGAAUGUUGUAGAUCACUUUCCAGGUGAGGGUGAAACAUCCUUUGAUUGGCACAAGCGUAAAAGCGGAAACCCAUUUAUCAAGUCUGAUGAGACCGAGUGUUCAUCCAUUUUUGUUGAGCCUCUACGAUGGAUGACAGCAGUUAAAGAAGGUGCAAUGGAGGGCAAGUUGUCGUGUGCCCAUUGUGAAGCCCGGUUGGGUUACUUCAAUUGGUCAGGCAUCCAAUGCAGUUGCGGGAGCUGGAUCACCCCAGCCUUUCAGCUCCAUAAAAGCCGAGUGGACAUCAGCACUGUCUAAUAUUUGCUUGCAAGGCAAAUGAGCUAAUCCUCCAGCCAUAAAGUGCUCGGUAUCUUACCAAUACUAUAAUCUUCUCAAAUAUAUGGCUCGAAGAAGGUAUACUUUCAAAGUGAACCUGAAAUUCUAGAACUAAGGCCUCUCCAAGCUUUUUGUAUUUUACCAAUUUGAUUACGAUGGAUCUACAGUGGGAGAGUGAAGUAUGAUUACGAUGUAUUUUACCUAGCUUUUUGUAAUUUACCACUAUGCUGGCUUGUUUGAUUGAUUGUUCGAAACUUCGAAUAUCAUGUUGUCACAGAGUUCGUGUUUUA